AUGUUUUCUACAAAAAUAUUUGAGUCAAAAUUAGUUACUGGUAAAGAAAUAGUACAACGUGAAUAUGAAUAUCGUAUUGUUACACGACAACUCUAUGGUAUUAUUGAAAGGACAGGAAAAGAUUCAUCACCAAUAAAUGAAGGUGAACUAAAUAAAUAUGGUCAGGAAGGAUGGGAAUUAUGUGGACUUAUUAAUGCGAAUUUUCUACCAGGUCUAUGGUCAACGAGAAUUCCAGAUGUUCAAAUGGUAUUUAAACGAUUCAAAGCAAAAGCUCGAAGUCAAUCUGGUUAA